AUGGAUAACCAGGUGCUGGAGCAGAAGAUAGUCAAUGAGGAGUACAAGAUAUGGAAGAAGAAUGUGCCGUAUCUGUACGACCUGAUGUUCAGCCAUACUCUGGAGUGGCCGUCGCUUUCUGUCCAGUGGUUUCCUGAUGUAAGGAGAGAUGAAGAAGCAGGAAGAACAACACAAAGGUUGCUUCUGAGCACGCACACAAGCGGGAGUGAGGAGGAGUACAUACUGAUUGCCAAGGUUGAGUUUCCUGAUGAGUUUGACGAGUCUCUUAACGAAGAAGUUGGGGGAGACAUGAGACUCAAGAUUAUCCAGAGGAUAUCUAUCAUGGACGAGGCAAACAGGGUUAGAUACAACCCAUCUGCAUGCAAUGUGCUGGCAGUGCGUUCUGACCUGCCAGACAUACAUGUCUAUGACUACACAAAGCACCUGUCUCAUGAGAAGAUUCCAAGGCCCGACAUGGUUCUCCGGGGGCAUUCGGCAGGGGGCUUUGGGCUGUCGUGGAAUCACCUGAAUCCUGGAGAGCUUGCUGGCUGUGGGGAAGGCGGGGAGGUGUGUGUAUUUGAUGUGUCCCAGGAGUCAUCUUCGAUUUCUCCCACUGUAGUGCUUCGGAGGCACGAGACGGCUGUCAACGACUGUGCCUUUAGUUUUUUCGAUAAGAAGCUGCUAUCGUCUGCUGGGGACGGUGGGAUGGUGGUGCUUUGGGAUACAAGGAGUGAGGAUUGCAUACAUGCCAUUGAGGAGGCACAUACAUCCGACAUUCUUUCUGUAAGAUUUUCUCCCCUGGAUGGAAAUGUUAUUGCCACGUCGUCGUGUGACGGAUCUGUGAAGGUGUGGGACAGAAGGAGUCUCUCCCAGCCCUUGCACAUCCUCCUGGGACAUUCGAAGGAUGUGGUGAGUGUGGAGUGGUCUCCCCACAAUGACAAGGUACUUGCAUCUGGAAGCACGGACAGGAGGGUAAUUGUAUGGGAUCUGGGCCAAGCGGGUGCCGAGGUUCCUGAGGAGUACAAAGCAGAAGGGCCUCCAGAGAUGAAGUUUCUACACGGAGGCCAUACAAGUACUGUAUGCGACAUCUCCUGGAACCCAGCAGAGCCUUUCGAGAUUGCCAGUGUCUCUGAAGACAACAUAUUGCAGAUAUGGCAGAUGCCGCAGCCUGAAUGA